AUGAAUCACAAGAACACAACUCUGGUCUCCAGAUUCUUCCUCCGUGGAUUCUCAUCCCAGCCAGAGAUUGAAAAGCUCAUUUUCCUGCCUUUCCUCUUCAUGUAUUUGCUCACCAUCCUGGGGAAUGUCACGAUCAUCUUGUUGAUCCGCUCAGAUACGCACCUCCUCCAGACCCCCAUGUACUUCUUCCUCAGCCACCUUGCAGUGGCCGAUUUGGGUUUUGCCAGCGCCAUCACCCCCAAGACUCUACAGAACUUGCUGUCUCAGAAAAAGACCAUCUCCUACUAUGGCUGUCUGGCCCAAAUGUUUUUCCAUAUACACAUAGGCAAUGCAGACAGCUACCUUCUGGCUUCCAUGGCCUAUGACCGCUACGUGGCCAUCUGCUGCCCGCUAAACUAUUCGACCAUUAUGAGCCACAAACGUUGCCUCCAUCUGGCCACAAUGUCCUGGACGAUUACUAUGUUCCACUCCUUGCUUUAUACUCUCCUCAUGUCCCGUGUUGAGUUCUGUGACCCUGGGGAAAUCCCACACUUUUUCUGUGACCUGUAUCCCGUCCUGGAUGUUUCUUGCUCUGAUACCAAAGUCAUUGAUCUAGUGUUGCUAACCGAGGGGAUAGUGGAGAUCUUGGGGCCAUUUGUGUUCAUUAUCAUUUCGUACGCCUUCAUCUUCUUUACCAUCAUGAGGAUACCAUCUGCCACCGGGAAGCGCAAGGCUUUCUCCACGUGCGGGUCCCACAUUUGCGUAGUGGUCAUGUACUUUGGCGGUAUAAGCUUUGUUUAUUUCAAGCCCAAUUCUAAUCUUGCAGAACGCCACGACACCUGGGCUGCCAUGAUGUAUACUAUGGUGAAUCCCAUGAUGAACCCCUUCAUUUACACCCUCAGGAACAAUGAGAUGAAGGCCGCUAUGAGGAGAGCUGUCAGGAAGCAUUUUCAUUAA